AUGUUUCAAGUUUCUAGUUAGGCCUACACUUGUUCAGUUUUUGGAUAAACUUUCAUCGGUAAUUUUGCUGAUUCUAUCCACGAAAUUCAAAUAGCAUUAUCAUGGAUGAGACAGUGCAGAAUAAGGACGCUUAUCCGAAAAGAUGGUGUCACUUGAAAAAAGUUCUGGAAAGAACUGGACCAUUUUGUCAUCCGGAUUUCGAGCCAUCUAUAGACGUAACCAACCAUUUUAUUAUGACUACCUGUAAAAUCCUAGUUAUUGGAGCCGGCGGUCUAGGCUGUGAACUUUUGAAGAAUCUAGCACUAAUGGGAUUUAAAGACAUUCAUGUGAUUGAUAUGGACACUAUUGAUCUUUCCAAUUUAAAUAGACAGUUUCUGUUUCGCCGACAUGAUAUCGGACAAUCAAAAGCUGAAGUUGCUGCUAAAUUUAUCAACGAACGUAUUCCCGGUUGCAGAGUGACGCCUCACUACUGUAAGAUUCAGGAUUUUGAUGAGUCUUUCUACAGACAGUUUCAUAUUGUUGUAUGCGGUUUGGAUUCUAUUGUCGCACGGAGAUGGAUUAAUGGCAUGCUCAUAUCUUUGCUGAACUACGACGAUGAUGGAGACCUUGAUCAGUCUUCAAUUAUUCCUAUGGUUGAUGGCGGUACCGAAGGAUUCAAGGGAAAUGUACGAGUUAUUCUCCCUGGAAUUUCUGCCUGUAUUGAGUGCACCUUGGAUCUCUUUCCUCCACAAGUAAGCACUCAUAAAAAGUUGAAAAACUUCCGGUUGGUACAGGGUGUCGUCAAAAACAUCAUACCGGCUGUAGCCUCCACUAACGCUGCCAUAGCGGCCGCUUGCACCACGGAGGUGUUCAAAAUCGCUACCAGCUGCAGUGUGCCAUUGAGCAACUACAUGGUGUUCAAUGAUGUCGAUGGACUCUACACUUACACCUACGAAGCCGAGAAGAAGGAAGAUUGUCUAGCUUGUGGACAAACUUCCAAGGUACUCGAAAUCAAAUCAACCGAUAUCAAACUGCAACAAUUAAUCGAUUUACUGUCGGAGCAGUACCAGAUGAAGAACCCCGGUGUAACGAUGAGUUUGGGGGGCAAGAAUCGUACCCUGUAUUUGCCCACUGUGGCUUCGAUCGAGGAGCAGACAAGGGAGAAUUUGAAGAAAAGUUUGGGGGAGUUGGGGCUUGGAAACGGGGGUGAGAUUAAUGUGGCCGAUGUGACGAGUCCUAAUACAUUGGUGUUUGUGUUGAGGGUGGCAAGUGGGGGGGAGGGGAUGCAGGUUGAGUGAGAGGGAGUGACAGAUAACUUCAAAGGUUAUUUUUGUCAUUUCUGUAGCUAGGCUGAUGAUAUGAAUUUCAUGUACCAGUUAACCUUCAAAAGGUCAGUGUAAGGACAGAAAGUUAGUUGUUUUUCUUUUCUUAAAUAAUAAUGGAUUCUCUAAUCUACUUCAUGUAACUAAAAUCUAUUUCGAAAGGGACAUUAUAUUUAUUUUGUUAUUGAAGCUUAAAAAUAAUCCCCUCUUGAAAAAUCGCGUAUCUUCAGAUUGAUUUGUUAAUGACUAGUUCUCUUAGUGAAGAUUUUUGUUUUUAAAUAACCUUGGGUUCAAAACGUUUCUCACUUUUUCUACCUACGAAUAUAAUCAGAUUUUUUUAAUUUUACCUUCAUUAGAUGAAUUAUUAUAAAAAAUUGUAAUUUAUUAAUAUUAUUACUAUUAUGAAGAAGCUGUGAAAAUAUAGAUGAAAGAAAAGAGUAAAGUUGAAUGAUGUGCCACAGUCGUUUUGAUUUCAGGAUGGUGUUGUAUGUGUAUCUUCAAACACAGUGUAGGCCUACUCACUGUUUAACUUCUGUAUUCUACUGUAUUAUGUCGAAAGAUUUUUGAACGUUUGCUAAGAGUAAGUUCAAAAUGAAUCGGAAUAGCUGGUAUUGUGGAUCAAUAAUGAACCCCCACACAAUAAAUCAAGCUUUUCAGUUUUAGUUUGAACAUCAAUUGUUUAAACGACCUUUAAUAUCAAUUUUCCAGUUCGGAAUUGUGAUAUCAGUAGCCUAAUACUACUAGUCUCCGCUCUUAAAAGACUUUUCAUCGUGAUGUGAUUUGUGAUUACUUAUAUUGAGCUAAAUAAGUUAACUUAUAAUAUAAAUAAUCAGUGAAGUAACUUCAUUUUUUUAAUUAAAAUUUUUCAAUUUUCGUGGAUAAUAAAUUGAUCAAUAUAUUUGAUCCAUAUCAAAUUAAUAAUGAUUUAAUUCUACUGCGAUCGAGCAUACACACGAAUAAACUAUUUAUCUAUGCAUUAUGCAGAUGCAAAUUAAAAUUGAUACUUGUUUAUAUAUUUUAAAUUGUAGCAUAUUUCAAUAAAUAACUUGCUUCAAUUGUCUUCUUUUUCAUGAGGAGAAACCUUAUCAUUUUUGGCAUCACAAUUACGUUUAUCAUCGAAUGUACAAACAAUGCAAAGAAAUUGACAGCUUUCGGUCGCUCCACUAAGGAAACCCUAUGAAAAUAUAACAUUUGGUCAUUGACUUCAGAACAAGUUUUUCUUGAAUGCUAAUAAUUUAUCUACACCAAACAUGAUUAUAAUAAUUAAUUUUAUGUAUAUGAGUGGAGGUGAUGUUAAUGUCUAAGCUAUCCAUGCUGAAUUAAACAACUUGAAAAAGUCACAUAAACUUAUCUGAUGAAAUUUGUUGAAUAUGUAUAGAUGUUAUAGAACUUCUCCACUUAAUUUCAAAGACACUUCUAUUUUUUGUCAAUAAAUUUUUAUUUAAACAUUUAUAAAAGGGAUAAACAACUGUUAUUGAAUGAAUGAAAAUCUUAUUAAAUAAAAGUGGAAUUGAAAAAA